GAAGGCGUCAUUUGGUUGCCGUGGAAACAAGGACGCCAGGGAAACGGUUUAGCGUUGAGCAAGAAACACACACACACGGUUCUUCGUGAAAAAUAAAACAUCAAGUUCUUCACAUGGAGUCACACAGAGGGCUUGAGAGAGCGGUUGCAGUGCAGAUUACUGUGCUGACAGGAAAACACUUGCGAGGAAGCAGGUCUGAGUCAUGCCUCAGUUUUAUCCGUGUGGAGUUUAAUGGAUGUGUUCUGGGAGAUUCACCGAAACUGGACGUGGCUGUGAACAGAGAUGCGGUUUACAACUUUACCUGUAGUUUUGAAUGUUCAGAAGUGGCCCACACUCGGGAUGACCUGGCACAUAAACCUGUCAUACUAACAGUCAUUGAGGACUUACCUGAAGAGGAAGAGCAGAAAACUGCAGUUCUGGGUCAGGCUGUUGUGGAUCUUCUGCCUCUUCUGAAGGGUAAAAGCACUUCAUUUCAGUUCACGGGCACCCCGCAGAUUUCAGACAGCCUUUUCUUUAUUUCAGGUCAGCGUAGCUUCUCAUCCAGUGUGCUGCUUCACGCGGUCCCCGGAUCACCUGUAGAUGUUUCUCAGAAUGAGGACAGUGAAAAAGCCACCCUAGAUGUGUCGGUCAGCGUUCAGGAGCCUUUGCUCUCAGAUAUCCAGAUCUCUGAAUCCAAUAUGUUGGUGGUCACCGUGGAGACGGCGUAUUCUGUUCCUGACAUCUGGGAUCCUGCAUCCACACCUCCAUCCAGCUACGUGGCUGCGCUGCAGAUUCCUCUCUCAGCUGCGAAAGAACAAAUACUGCUGUUCUCCAAUGGCAGAGUGAAGAUGGGUGGUGAGAGGGAAUCAGUGCCCAGACCCAAAAAAUGGCCGGUGGGUCACCUUCUCGUCCCAGGGGCCGAGGUCAUGGAGGGCCAGUUCAUUGAAACGGAGCCGACGGACAUGAGUCACGGAGACCUUACAGACAUGGAGGACAGUGACUUUAGAGCGGAUGCAGAGUGUAACAGAAAAAGACUGAGCUGGGACACCGCGCGUCGCUGUUUUAUUGAUGCAGGAGGUCUGGCCUGUCUGUCCCGCAGGAUUGCAGAAUGCAGACUGUGGCCCGUCGAGAUCAUGAGGUCAUCUGGGAAGAACAGUAAAGAGAAGCAGGUGGAGGAUGAGAACUCAUUUCAUGGAGUGGUGUAUGUGGAUCUUGCGCCGCUGUUGUAUCCUGGAGUUCGCCGUAUCCAUGGGACAUACAGAAUCCACCCGUUUCAUGAAUCUGAACUUCUGACCAAGGCUCAGAGAACACACAGCGUUCUGAAGGAGAUGAGCAGCGGCCCAACUCGCCCCUCUUCAUCUGUCGACACUUCAAAGGCCUCUCAAGUCUUUGAGAACAAAAGAGAUGCUUUUAAAAAGCUGGUUUCACAGGGAAAAUCGGAUAAGACCGAUAGUCUGGCUGAUAUGAAGGUGCAGGUUAACACGGAGGGACAGAUGUGCGCUGACUCAAGGUCUUACCUUGUUAUCGAAAUUGCAUUGGAAAAACCUCUUGUUCCAAAGAGAGAAAGACCACCAGGAGAGCUGGCCAAGCGUGUGAUGCCUCAACGAGCAGAAAGAGCAGUGCAUCAUUACCACUCUCAGAUAGUGAGUGUGACCGCCCAGGUUUUGGAUCAGUACCGACAGCUGUUCGGAGCCGCAUUUGUACCCGGAUUGCUACCUUUGGAUCCGGCACUGCGAGAACAGCGCAAAGCCCGGCUGCUCGGAGAACUCAACAGCUCUGGAACAUACUUUGCUUUCAAAGAACAGAUGAAGUAUUCUGUGGUGCGGAUUGUACGGGAGAAGAUGAUGAGGACAGAUGCCUUCAAGGACCCCGAGGAGCUCCAGGCGUUCCUGAGUCAGCUCUAUGUUUACCUGGUGGAUGAGAUGCACGUUGCUCUUAAUAAGACUCUUUCAGUGGAUUCUCAGGAAAAGCAUCAUGAGUCUGGGCUGAGCUGCUCUCAGUUUAAACUCUUGGCCAAAGAGGCAGAACUCAACAACGACUACCAGCAAGCCGCACAGUAUUAUCAGGAGUGUGUGGUUCGAGAUGACAGUGAGCCGUCCCACUGGUUUGAUUAUGGAGCGUUUCACAUGCUGACCGCUGAUCACAUUAAAGCAGAAGAGUGUUUCCAGCGUGCCGUGUCCAUUGAUCAAAAACACACAUCCAGUUUACUGAUGUGUGGCGUUCUGUCUGAGAUGAGUGGACGUUGCGAGGAUGCCGAGACCUUCUUUGAAAGUGCCACUUGCGUUGAGCCUGACAGUGUGGUCGCCUGGACUUUGUUUGGUCUGUUUUGCCAGUCUCAGGAGAGAUCCUUCCAGGCUGAGAUGGCUUUUCUGGAGGCCAAUAAGCAGCUUCGUUCAGUCCUGAAGAACAAGCCAAAGGCCACUUCUGAACAUCAGACUGAACCUGGUGAGAAGAAUCCCCAGACGGACAAAACCAGGAAAACUUCAGCUGGCAAGACAGAGGAGACAGAUAUAGAUGUUCAAACCGUAAAUAAAGACGACAACCGGGAUUGCAAAGAAGAAGCAGAAAUUUCCCCCUCCAAUGUCAAAACCACCAUUUACACAGAGGCCGUGCGAUUCCUCCUGCAGAAUUAUGCAUUACAGAUGGCACAUCGGGCACUAGCUCAAGAGCUUCUCUCUCCAGAUCGAGGAAGCAACAGCUCGUAUCAUCUCGCUCUGGCUCAGCUCCAGCUGCUGAGAGGAGAACACAACAGCGCCGAGGAGAGCCUGCGAGAGGCACUGACCCACAACUUACAGAAUCCAGACGUAUGGGCUCUGUGGGGUCAUCUGAAUUACAUGAGGGAGGAUUUCUCUCAAGCUAAGAGCUGCUAUGAACGGACGCUUGACUCGCUGGAUGCGGCGGACACACACUCCGUACAUCUCCGCCUGGGAUCCAUCUAUUUGCAGGAAGGGGAAUAUAAAAAAGCCAGAGGUACUUUUCAGCGGGCCUGCAGAAGCUCUCCCUCUUGUCUUACGUGGCUCGGGCUGGGAACUGCCCACUAUAGAAUGGAUGAACUAAAAGAGGCUGAAGACGCUCUGACUAAAGCCAGUGCACUAAACAGCAGGAAUGCAGAAGUCUAUGGCUUCCUGACUUUACUUUAUUUACGGGCUGGCAGAAAACCUGAGGCUGAGCAGUCAUAUAAAUAUGCUGUAAAGAUGAAUUUACAGAAAGAGUUUCUUCUCCAGGAGAUUCAUGAUCUGCAGGCACGAGCUGGAUUUGAAAAGCCGUUCUUUUGAUUGUUCUUGCACAUACUUAACAUGUGAUUUAAAACUUUCAUUUCUAAUUUAAAUAAGCAAAAUUGUCUCACAGAUU